AUGUCAGGUAUCUUUUCCUUCGCGGAUGAAAUCGACGAUACGUCACCUACGUCGACGACGAAUCGUAGUACCACUACAGACAGAAACAAUUCAACUAUAAGUACAUCGUCAAGAAGUUCCUCAUUCACGUCACCAGAAGAUGACACCAUGUCAAUAUCCUCUGAAAUGCCUAUACAAUCAGGUCGUAAGCCCGAUCUACCGUUAUCACAUACAAGCUCGAGCGUUGGGGCGAUUCAGAAAAAACGUAGACGAAUUCCUGUGAACUGUCUGUUUUGUCGACAACGUAAGCAGAAAUGUGAUCGUAAGAUGCCCUGUACCAACUGUGUGCGAAAAAACAACUCCAAUUGUGUGUAUGCUCCCAGUGGGAAGGACGCAGUUGCUCCUAUUGGCGGGACUGGCUCAGGUGCUGGUAUAGGAGGAGAUUCCUAUUCUCCAGAGUCGAUUCAACCUGCUUUGGGUGUUCUAAAUGAGGCUGGUCCCAAGCAGAAUCAAAAGACUGUUUACGAGGAUUUGGCAGAGAAAAUGGGCAUGAAGGCUGCACCCCCAGGUAGCCUUGUGCCUGAUCUUGGUAAAAUGAUGACUAUGGAUAACUUUUUAAGUGACAGACUCCGAAACUCUGCAGUAUCAGCUGCCACUGCCGGUGUAAGUGCUGGUCCCAGUGCCGAAAUGAAGAAACGACUUGAUAAGAUGGAGUCUCUUGUGCUGUCCUUAAUAUUACAAAAAGAAGAGAUGGAGGCUAAUCAACAUAAUGACACUGAUGGAGAGCCAAAUGUCGCCCUACGGAAUGAAGACGAUGUAGAGGAUUUAGGUGAAUCUCUGGGUAUGUUAAAACUAGAUAAAAAGGGUAAAUCCAUUUACCAUGGUGAUACAUACUGGGGUUAUAUGUUUAGUGAGAUCACUGAAAUUCAAGAGGUUCUUCGCCGUAUUAGAGAAGAAUUCGACAAUGCCGAGAUUUUUGGUAAACAACGGUUCGAGUCUCUAUGUCAAGUUACUGAGGGCCAACAAGACACAUCAUCCAUCCCAUUUGGAGGCAUUAAGUUCAAGUCUUCAAGCAGCGAUGUUCUACGGACACUGCCUAGUCGACCUGUAUGCGAAAUGUUAAUUGAUAGAUUCUUUGAAGCUAUAGAGCCCGUGGUCCAUGUUGUUCACAGACCAUCUUUCGAGUAUAGUUUUGAACUAUUUUGGAAAGAGCCAGAGAAUACCGAGCUCUUAUGGGUAUCUCUGCUUCUAGGAAUGCUAACUCUCGCAUUACAGUCAUAUGCUCCUAGUGAAGUACCAGAUAUGUUCAAGGGCAAAGAAGUUGAAUCGUGGACAGCGUGGCUUAAUGCAAUGGAGUUGUGUGGAUUCAUUGGCAAGCUUACAUUCAAACCUUCGUUACUUAAUAUUCGAGUUCUUCUGUUAUGGAUGCUUCUAGAGGCUUAUCAGAGUGAUUGGAACCAUAAAUCCUGGACGUCGAUGGGUGUUUUGGUAAGAGUUGCUCAGUCAAUGGGAAUGCAUAGAGACGCCAGUUGGUUUGUAAUGUCACCGUUCGAAUCCGAGGAGCGAAGAAGGCUAUGGAAAACACUCGAGUACCUGGAUUGUUUUCACUCCAUUGCUCAGGGAUUGCCAUUAGCUAUUCGCAGUCAUGAGAAUGAUGUUCAUGAUCCAAUAAACAUUAAUGAAAAGGAUAUUAUGCCUAUGUACGGCCAUCUUCCUGAACCUUUUGAUGACACGGUGCGCACUGACAGCAGUUUCAGUAUUUAUCGAGGUAGACUGAACGACAUUCGUUGUGAAGCGUUUACAAAGAAUCUCAAGAUCGAGGGCAAAGUCGAUAGUAUGUCUGUGGAAGAGGUAUGGGAGAUUGAUAGACGACUACACAAACUUUAUGAAGGUAUCCCUCUGUUCUUGUCGCGUAGAGCAGACGAGUCAAAUAUUGCUCUUGACGGUGCUGAAAUUGUCAUGCAACGGUUCAUGCUUGAAAUGGACUAUCUUAAGACCAUUGUGGUGCUUCAUCGAUCUUUCUCAUCCAAUGGUUCACGAAAUCAUCGUCACCAACGAAACCGUGAGGAAGCACUCAACGCAUCGGUCACUAUUCUUGAGCGAUACUAUUGGCUCUACACUUCAGUAGAGGCAGAACCUGUGCGAAACAAAUUUUGGCUGCUUGGGUCUGCUCUAACGUUCCCAGCAUUUGUUCACGCCAUUGUUUUUGUAACGGUAUCUCUGAUCAACAAUUACGACAUGCUUUCAUUGAUUGAGCGAACUCGGUAUUUAGAGGCGCUGCGUCGUACUCGUAAUGUGCUUGACUGCGUUGGAACCACUAUCAGUUGCGACUUCAGACAUGCUGCUAUUGCCAAGCUAAUUCUUAGUCAAGUCGAUGAAGUGGCCAAGAUGAACCCUGAGGAUCGUGCCGUCAGACUCAAUAAAACGACUGGCAACAAUCCCCCUUACUUUUUUGGCGAAGGUUCCCUUGGAGCCAAUGCGAACACCCCUCGUAAGUCGGGUAUCAUGAUGGAGCUCGACUCGCGAGAUGCGGAUAUACAUGUUGAUAUUUUGAACAGUAAACACCCCAGUGACUCUUCAAAUUGGUCUCCUAGUAAAGACUACUCUCCAGAGAGUCUCAAUACCUAUAACUCCGGCACUACUUCAUCUGGCACAGCCAACACUAUCUUGUCUUCCAAUUCAUCAAUUAUCAAUCAGAAAGGCGUGGCCGGACAGCAGUCAUCACAACAGCAGCGUAAACCAAUGGUUUCUCAAGUUUCUCAAGUUUCACAAGGUUCACAACCGUUUCAACAAGCCGCUCUUGGCGCUGAUGCCACACAGCAACAACAGGACGGCCCGUCUGCAGCUGAUAUUCUAUCGCCCUCUGCUUUUGGUGAUCCUGCUCUUUUCUCAGAGGCAUUUUUCGGUGAUGCCUACCGUAUGCAACAGAUUGUUGGUUCUGAGGAGUGGGACUAUUUCAUGCAAACAAUGGAGAACUCAGGUGCCACCCCUGGCCCUCAGCCCACUGCUCCAUCUAAUCUCUAA